GAAAACAGCGAAUCGUCGACAUUUUGAGCGGUUCAGGCGGAUCCGCUUCCAUGUGCGGUGGAAAACAAACCUACAAUGAAUCCACUCACCAAAGUGAAGCUCAUCAAUGAACUGAACGAAAGAGAGGCAGAUCUUGGAAUUAAAGACUCGGUCUCGUGGCAUUCCGAGUACAAAGACAGCGCCUGGGUUUUCGUUGGUGGACUUCCAUAUGAGCUGACAGAGGGAGACAUCAUCUGUGUUUUCUCUCAGUAUGGAGAGGUUGUUAACGUGAACUUGGUGCGAGAUCAGAAGACGGGCAAAUCAAAAGGUUUUUGCUUCCUUUGCUAUGAGGAUCAGAGAAGCACCAUCCUGGCCGUGGAUAACUUUAAUGGCAUCAAGAUUAAGGGUCGGACCAUACGAGUGGAUCAUGUGGCAAAUUACCGUCCCCCCAAAGAUUCAGAAGACAUUGAUGAAGUCACCAAAAGGUUACGUGAGGAAGGCUGCGCCCCCAAAUUGCCCUCGGCAUCAUCAUCUGAGUCAGAGUCUGAGGAAGUGUAUGUUCUCCCUGUGAAGAAACCAAAAAAGGAUAAAAAAGAAAAGAAGAAAAAGAAGAAGGAGAAAAAAGAGAAGAAGAAGGCAUCGAAGGUGGAGAGGCGUGAGGCACAGGACAAGUCUCCCUCUACUCCCCCCAUGAGAGUAAAGAAAGAGCGAGAGGAUGAGGGUUAUGAGAAGUAUGCCCUGAAGGGGGCGCCGGAGUCCAGAGGGGAGCGAGCAGGACAAGAGACGAGGAGCGCACGGGACAGACUGGAGGAAAUGGACAGAGUCAGAGAUCAGCAUGGUAACGACAGGAGAGGAGGGAGAGAGAGAGACCGAGAGGAUGAGAGGAAAACAAACAGAGAGGAGGGGAGAUACAAAGAAGACCAACAUUCACGGGAGAGAGAAAGAAACAGGGGCAGAGAAGGUGAUCAGGAACGAGAGAGGGGGAGGGAGAAUGAAAGAGAAAGAGAGAGGGAGCGGGACAGGGAGAGAGAUAGGGGUAGGGAGAAUGAAAGAGAAAGAGAGAGGGGAAGAGAGAGUGAAAGAGAAAGAGAGAGGGAUAAGGACAGGCAAAGGGAGAGAAACGGAGGUAGGGUGACUGAAAGAGAACGAGAGAGGGACAGAGAGAGAGGAAGAGAACGAGAUAGGGAUGGAGAGAAAGGGAGGAAUCGGGAAAGAGACAGAGAUGCUGACCGAGGGUCGACAAAAAACAGAGACCAAAGUCGAGAAAGGGAAUACAGGCGAAGCUGAAACAUGGACUGCAACUUCACCAGAGACUUUGCAUGGAUUUGUUUCACACAGUCCACUCGCCAGACGUUCACUGUGAGAUUUCUUGUGUGAUGGAUGUUAUUUGUUUUUGGUAGAUCUUGUAAAUAAACGUUUCAAAUUAGUAGCA